AUGGCGUCGAUAGGAGUGGGUGAAUUAGCUGCUACGACAUCGAAUGCUUACAAGGGAAUGUCGUCCGAUAAUAUAAAGGGUUUGGGUUUGGCCUUAUCAUCCAGCGUCUUCAUUGGCGCAAGCUUCAUCGUCAAGAAAAAGGGAUUGAAGAAAGCUGGUGCUUCUGGCGUCAGGGCUGGAGUUGGAGGAUAUUCAUAUCUGUAUGAGCCACUAUGGUGGAUAGGCAUGAUAACAAUGAUUGUAGGAGAAAUAGCGAAUUUCGCAGCGUAUGCAUUUGCUCCAGCCAUUGUUGUUACCCCUCUUGGCGCCCUCAGCAUCAUUAUCAGGCACGAUGCCAUUGCAAUACUCGCACACAUCAUCUUGCAAGAGAGACUGCACAUUUUUGGUAUUCUCGGCUGUGCUUUGUGUGUUGUGGGGUCCACUGCCAUUGUGCUGCAUGCCCCUCAAGAACGUGAUAUCCAAUCUGUCAAGGAAGUGUGGGAUCUUGCCACCGAGCCAGGCCCUCGACACGUUCAAUACUGCUGUGGUUUCGCCUAUAUACUACGUUAUGUUUACAUCUUUAACCAUAUUGGCGAGCGUGAUUAUGUUCAAGCAUUCGUUUGUGAUGAUGGACAGGAUUGGGACCGGCAAAACCCAACUCAGAUUGUCACAGAAAUGUGUGGCUUUGUCACUAUUCUUUCCGGGACAUUUCUUCUCCACAAAACAAAAGACAUGGCUGAUGAGUUUUACAAAGGUUGCGCAUUCAAUGGAGGCGCCACAUCAAUUGCCAUGAAACUUCCUAAACACGCAGAUGAAGAUGGAUUUGCUCAAGAAGGCAUACCUUUAAGACUGAAGGAAUCCUCAAGAACACCAUGA